AUGUCUACCAUUCCUCAGGACCCUCAAUUCACAAAGGCGGUAGAGAUUGCCAAGUGAGCGCUGCAUGACUCGAGGCGGUGAUAGCGGAUGCGAAUCCGCUGACGCUGGCUAAUCCUCCUGACAGCGACCCCAAGCGCGGUCUGAGCAUCGGUCUCGGCAUCUCCGAGAAGCUUGCUUACUGGGGUCUGUAAGUGUCCUUGCGAAUAGUCACGAGCUGGCGCCUUGCAUCCUUCAGAGCGCACCUGCUCACUCCACACUCUCGUUCCUCCCGGCUCCACUCAGUUCUGAGCAAGGACUCAAGGGAGACGUCACUGGCGACCGUCCAGGUAUCUUGCACGUCGAGGCUCGUCUCAAGUACGAUGCGUGGGCCAAGAAUCAGUGAGUCGGCCGGUCUCGUGUGAACAGGGAUCUGCGGGAUUACUAGCGGAACAUGCCCUGCCGAUGCCGGAUACGAUGCCGCCACGGGUCCCAUUGGCACUCAUACGUACUCUCAUCUCUUCUCGCAGGGGUCUGGACCCUCAAGAGGCUCAGAAGCAGUACAUUGAGAAGUUCAUUGCUGUGAGUGCACGCAUCAAUUGCUGGUCUUGUCACUUGGAAGCGCUCACGCGUCCUUGUCCACUUCGCUUGCGUUUUGCGUACCCACGAACAGGACCUCGAAAAGCACUCUGCCAGUGAGUCUGGGUUAUGAUUGAAUCGCUCUAUGCUCGGUGCUGACGUGCAGUGCUUCCCUUCUCAUUCUCACACUUUAGAGAAGCCCCAGUGCAACGAGUGGAAGGCGGAAGUCCUGGCUGCCAAGGCUUAG